AUGAGGCGACUUGGUAAAUGUGAUGGAUGCAGGCGGCAAAAGGUCAAGUGUGAUGAGCAAAAGCCAUCAUGUAGCAAUUGCCAACGAGGAAGAAGACCGUGCCAUUACUUGUAUGGACAAGGCCUUGUCGUAGUAAUGCAGGAUCCAACCCAGAUGACAAGAUAUGGAAAGUCCUUGGUUGCGCCGGUUGUUCAUCCCCUGGAGUCCCCGCGCAUUUGCAACAACAAUUUUGCUCUAGCCGGUGUUUCCAAUCCUUCUCUUGCUCUUGCACAUACUCCCGCAGCCACCUCUCCCGAUCUGAUUCCGGCACAUGGUAUGGAAGCCGAAACGGGCCAAGGACUGUUCCGGAUCUCAAAUUCGACUACAACCAAGAGCAUUGCGAAAGAACAAGGCUAUUCACGAAGGAGCGCGCAUCAAGCUCAUCUGUGCCGUUUGCAGCAGGAUAAGUCUGUAUCAGCACACCAGCCUUCUUCACCCGAGACUAGACUAGCGAGAAUGUUUAUCGCCGUGCUUCGCACCUACCCUGAAGAGCAUCACCCGCUACUUACUCUAGGCGACUGGAUAUCAUCAAUCCCUUCAAGAAUCGGGUCUUGUCAGGUGGUGACUGUGGCCGCUGAGUUCUUUGUCCACAGCUUCGAAGUGUUCCGUAAAAAAUCUUACUCGAACCAGAUUCUCGCAUUGCAGACCAAGACUAAGGCUCUGAAGGAGCUCCGACUAUGCAUCCUUGCCGCACAAAACAACCCAACUUACGAUGCUCUCGUCGCCACGAAGCUGCACUACGCUGCCGAGAUCUUGCUUGGAGUUGAAAGUAUGCAUUAUGCUGUCCAUACGCUUGGUCUCAUCGACUUGCUCAAGUCUGGAAUGUCCUCAGGCGCGGAUGAGGAACAUCUUUGGAGUAUCAUUGACAAUACUUACAUUGAUGAUAUUACAAUUGCCAUGACCGCCGGCCGGAUUUCGAGUUACGACAACGACUUCUAUUUGUCGUCAACACAUCCGGCAGCGCUAUUUAGUACUUCCUUGACUACUUCACAGAGCACUGCAAGAGCUAUGAUGCACAUUUUAAUUCAAUGUCCCCGUCUCGUACUGCUUACACGACAAGCUGUUUUAGACUGUCGCAAUGUGGUAGCUCUUGCGUCUGCCGUGUCACUUGCCGAGAACCUGUGGCAGCUGUCUCAAGCAAAUGAAUAUGCAGACCUUGUAUCGUCAUCAAUCUCAUAUACCGAUAAGCUCGUUGACAAUACUAUCACCGACAUAGUCUCGCAUGGAUUACGCUUUGACUGCAUGCAAAACAUGGUGUUCUGCACACGCUACUGGCUGCUUCAGAUAAUACUUUCUGGCGUGAUUGAUACACUACACCGUCAUUUUCCAGAAGCAUACAGCUUGUCGCUUCUUCCUGGCCCGGAUAAACUCCACCUUGUGGACACGGAUGCCGCAAUGCAGCUUGGGAAAGCCUUUCUAGGGCUCCCUGCAAUACCUUCGUUGUUGAUAUUAGUUCGAUUGCAAGGGCCAUUGGCCGCAUCUAUUGGGUCCUGGCAUAGAGUCAUUCGAUACCUCUCUUCAUAUCAGCUCGGUUCCCAAGCUGCGACCCUAGAGGCCUCGCAGUUGAUCAGGAAUGUCGCCAAAGCCGAGAGAAUGAAGCAAUGGUUGUUAGCCAGAUGCAACCAGUUACAGACUAGCUUAAAUAUCAGUGCAGUCGAUGAAAGAGCCUGGUUGCAGACACUGGAUUGUAUGGCCGGCGAAGAGAUGCCUGACUGGAUGCCCAGUAAGAUGAGCUUCGAUUCUGAAGAUGGCGAUAUGGUGCUGAAGCUAGAGUUCGAUGGUCGUUCGGAGGUGCUCUCAAAGGACAUCGCUUCGAGUGAUGACACAAGAGUAUUCAGGAUUCGAAAUCCCUCACGGUUUGGUCUAGACGAUCUGCGGGAGUGGCUCUUGAAAAGAAAUCCCUCAUCCCUUUGA